AUGCUUUUGAAAAUUAUUAUUCUAAUUUAUGGAUUGAUUAUUAUAUUAAUUUAUCGAGAAGGAAAUACUUUGAAUUAUUUAUCACAGGAAUGUGAUAGUAAAUCAGAAUGGGGCCCAUGGCGUUGUCCUGGUAUAGGAACAAAAUGUACUGCUAACAUUGCAACACGUUAUAAAUGCAUCGGUGGAAAUUGUACAAGUGAUAGUCUAUGUGCUAAACUUGAAAAUCAUACUCAAUCAGAUUCCUGCGUAAAAGUUCUUCAACGUGGUGAAUGUGAACCUUGGUGGACCAACUGGUCAUCGUGGUCUAAAUGUACAACAACUUGUGGAUUCCAUGAAAAACAUCGUUCCCGGAUUUGUACAGGAGCUUUUAAUUAUAAUAGUUACAAAUUUAAGAAUACACGAAGGAGUUGA